CUCGCCGCCGUGCAGCCCACUUCUUCUUCGCAGGGGGAGCUGACUUGAUGCGCAUAAUAAAUCAUCUCUGCAAGAUUUCCUUUCAAGCCCAAUUUCAGACCUACGCGUGUUGGAUUUGAGAGCGUAAACACAGGCGAGAGUCGAGCCUCUUAACUGGGGAUGUUUCAAAUGUGAUUCAGCACGGCAAACAACGUGGGUGUUGUGUGUGUGCGUGUGUGUGAGUGCGUGUGUGUGUGUGUAUGUUGUUUUUUUUGAUUUUUUUUUGGUGGGGAGUGGAGGAGAAGGGGGAGAGCAGCGAUAUGAAACGCGUGUGUUUAUGCCUCCUGCGCUACCCGUUAUCUCUGACUGACCACCGGCUCAAUUUUUCACCUGUAUGAACGACCUUGCGAUUGUGACCGAAUUUUUUCCUAAAAAGGGGGUUUCCAUGGAGGAUCAAUGUGUCGCUUUUUCCGUGAGGGCUGAAUUUGGUUCCUGCUGGUCUCAAGAUAUUUCAAGAUAAGAGGUCAAGCUCCCCUCUCUCGGAGAACACGAGUGCCAUUUCAAAGCUUAUUGGAUGAAAGUCUCAUUUGCCCUUGGCUGCCAAAGAUGACGUUGCCAUGGAAACAGCUUCUACUGUUAUCAAUCAUCGACUGUCUGGCAGAUUGUCUGGACAGUGGAUCAUACCAUGGUCCAAGAUGGAGGAUGGAGCCAGGUGACUUGUUCAUUCCUGUCGACUCCAUAGAAGAGGAAGCCACUCUGACCUGUGAUGCAAAGGGAACGCCACCUCCUCAGUACAGAUGGUCAUUGAAUGGGACUCUCAUAAAUCUGGGUCUGGAUCGCCGGCGGCGUCUGUCUGGGGGCAACCUCAUUAUAAGCAGUCUGGACCGCUACCAGGAUGUAGGAAUGUACCAGUGUAUGGCGUUCAACACUGUAGGAGCUAUCCUCAGCAGGAGAGCCAGUCUGCAGUUUGCCUACUUAGAUCAUUUCAAGGUCCACACCAGAAGCGCGGUGUCAGUCCGUGAGGGACAAGGAGUGGUGUUACUCUGUGGAACGCCCACUUCCUCAGGAGACCUCACAUACGCAUGGGUCUUCAACGAGUACCCAUACUUUGUUCAACAAGACAAUCGACGUUUCGUCUCCCAGCAGACAGGAAACCUUUACAUUGCCAAGGUGGAGCCCUCUGAUGUGGGUAACUACACUUGUGUCGUGAUGAACAGCAUCACAAAGGGCAAAGUUCAGAGCUCACCGACGUCUCUGAUCCUCAGGACAGAUGGAGUGAUGGGCGAAUAUGAGCCGAAAAUAGAAGUUAAUUUCCCAGACAAUGUACCCGCCGCAAAAGGAUCAACAGUUACGCUGGAGUGUUUCGCCCUUGGGAACCCUGUCCCCGAAAUCACCUGGAAGAGAGCUAACGGCGUUCCCUUCCCCAGCAAAGUCAAAAUGAAGUACUCGAACGCUGUGCUGGAGAUCCCCAGCUUCCAGCAGGAUGAUACAGGAGGAUACGAGUGUGUGGCUGAGAACAAGAUGGGCAAGAACACAGCCACUGGUCGACUGGCUUUCUACGCCAAGCCUCAGUGGAUCCAGGCCAUGAAGGACACGGCCCUGGCCAUAGAGGAGAGACUAUACUGGGAGUGCCGAGCCAAUGGCAAGCCCAAACCCUCCUACACGUGGCUGAAGAACGGCCAACAGCUACUCUCAGAGGACAGAAUCCAUGUGGAGGACGGAGUGCUGUCAGUGUCGGUGCUGACACUAUCUGACGCCGGCAUGUACCAGUGUGUGGCUGAGAAUAAACACGGCGUCAUAUAUUUUGCUGCCGAACUAAUGGUUUUAGCCUCUCCUCCAGACUUCACAGGAAACGUCCUCAGAGCUUUGCUCAAAGCCAAGGCAGGAACUACAGUGACUUUAGAGUGUAAACCCCAGGCCUAUCCCAUCGCCAGCAUUUUAUGGAAGAAAGGAAACCUGCCUAUCCACACCAAUGACAGGAUCACACUUUCCCCAGAUGGAACAUUGAGGCUUGCCAAUGUGAGCAAAUCUGAUGCAGGCAGCUAUACGUGCUUUGCUAGGAAUAGAUUUGGCAUGUCAAGUACAACUGGAAGGCUCCUUGUUACGGAUCCAACCAGAAUCACCCAGGGGCCGGUGGACAUGGAGAUCAUUGUGGGCGAGAGCAUCGUGUUACCCUGUCAGGUCGCCAGUGACCCCGUCCUUGACGUUUCUUUCUCCUGGGCUUUCAACGGACAGCUCAUCGCCAAGGGAGACGGUCACUUUGAGCUAGUGGGUGGGAGAAUAGCAGGAGAUCUGAUGAUCAGGAACAUUCAGCUUUACCACGCUGGCAAAUAUAUCUGUGUGGUGGACACGGACGUGGAGAGCCUGUCAGCCGUGGCUGUAUUGAUCGUCAAAGGCCCCCCCAGCCCUCCAGACUCUGUGACGGUGGAGGAGGUGACAGACAGUACAGCCCAGCUGGCCUGGAGUCCCGGCAGAGACAACGGCAGCCCCAUUACCUAUUACCUCAUCCAGACCAGGACUCCCUUCACUGUGGGCUGGCAGAGGGUUAACACAGUCCCUGAGAUAAUCGAUGGGAACACACUGACAGCCACAGUGGUGGACCUCAACGCCUGGGUGGAGUAUGAGUUUCGGGUUUUGGCCAAAAACAGUGUUGGUGUUGGUGAACCCAGCCCUGUGUCAGUCAAGACCAGGACAGAGGACGCAGUUCCUGAUGCAGCGCCAGGUGACGUGGGUGGAGGAGGUGGAAGCCGAUCGGAACUGGUCAUCACAUGGGAGCCUGUCCCCGAAGAACUGCAGAAUGGUGAGAGCUUUGGUUACAUCAUUGCUUUCCGCGCCUUUGGAGAAGUUAGCUGGACUCAUGUGGCCACCUCUGCCCCCGGCGCAUCGCGCUACGUGUACCGCAACGACAGCAUCGCGCCCUUCUCUCCAUUUCAUGUCAAGGUUGGCACUUACAACAGCAAAGGACAGGGUCCCUUCAGCCCCGUGGUCACCAUCUACUCUGCAGAGAUAGAGCCGAGCGGGAUGCCAGCGGGAGUUUGGGCCAGAAGUGUCUCAGCCUCUGAGAUUGAGGUGAAUUGGCAGGCUCUCUCCUUCACCCCUGAAAGGGUUCUGGGCUAUGAGGUGGUAUACUGGGAGGAUGACACUAAACCGGAGACCAUGGGGAAGGUUAGGGUGCCUUGGAACCAAACCUCAGUCACAGUGAGCGGCUUGGCAGGAAACACGCAGUAUUUCCUAACAGUCAGCGCCUUCAACACAGCAGGCACUGGCCCCUUCCUCCCGGCAAUCAAUGUCACCACGAAAAAGCCACCACCAGCUCAACCACCGCUGAAUGUCGAAUGGACCCUAAUUGGCUCUCAGCUGUCUCUUUACUGGGAACCUGUGGUGGCAAUGGAAUCGGAGUCAGAAGUUACGGGCUACCAACUGUCAUACAGGAGACAGAGACACAAAGAAGUAAACACUCUCACAACAACCAACUCAACAGUGGAGCUGACCCUCCCAGAGGACGAUGAUGACUACAUCAUCCAUAUUCAGACGCUGAGUGAAGGAGGGCUGGGCCCGGCCUCAGAUCCCGUACGAAUCCACCAACUAAGUAUGAGUGCCCGCGGCUCGAGAGCCUGGAGUGCGGACAUCUCCCCCCUCUCCCUGCUCCUCGCCAUCGCAAUAUCAACAUUCAGGUCGACAUCGUGACACAAUGACAAACUCUGCUCUGUUUUUUCAACCUUCUUAUCAAUAUUUUUUUUCUUCUUCUUCUUCUUUUUAUUUUAACUUUUAAGUCGUGAAAGUUGCUCUUGAGUAUCUCUCAUUUUUUGGAGGUGACCACAUGCUAUUUUGCAGUGUUAGAUUGCAGGUAUGAGGCAGCACAAGAGUGGAGCGUGCUGUCAGGCACUUAAUUAACAGUAUAUGCUUGAGCUUUUUUUUUCUACGCAGGUCUGACAUUUUUGCCGGUUGGGAACAAUGCUCCAUUUCAACAGGUUUUUUUUUUUUGACUCUAGAUUGAUACAGAUGCCUUACUUCCAUCCAUGUGCCAAAGUAGUUUCAGCCUUCUUGUUGUUAUUGCUAAGAUAGCUACAUGCUUUCCUCAACAUUUUAGUCCUCACAGUUUCUUAUUAUCGAAGGCCUCUGUGUACCUUGCCGAAGGGUCGCGAUGAGAAGGUGCAUUUUGUAUUUUUGAAUGUUUUCAGUUUUCCUCUCCACAUCUGAAUUGGCGAGUAGGAACAUGUUCAUUCACCCGUGCCCGUGCCUUUGGAGAUUCUUGUAACGCCGUCUCUUACAGACACCAGUCAGUGUUUCAGAACACACUGCAGCCGCCUUCAUCUUUACGUGCUCCAUUAAAAGUCGUCCCAGAUGAAAGUCAUAAAGCAGCUCACAGUGCCGGUGGUGUUAGCCAUUUACCUUCUAUCAUUUGAGUGUGGAGAGCUGAAUGUGUGCCAUGAGGGCUCCUACGGGUUUGAGAGCCUCAGACCAGUUAUUGUGAUGGCCCCGCUGAUUGAUGGAUUGGACUUUACUCUGCAUUCACGAAGAUUGCAUCUGCCUGUGUACAGCAGUGGUGGGAGAGGUAUACGACUGCCAGUGUAUUUCCUUCAGCGCUAAUGCCGAAACAAUCAGUCAAUCGGCGGAAUAUAAUCAACAACAAGUCAUCUCAGUCAUUUAUCAAGGAAAAAAUGCCAAACAUACUCGACAAAGGUGUACGUUCGAUUGCAAUCCAUUUGCCUCCAAGGAAUCCAACUCAGAGUGUAUUAUCCUGCUUUAUACUGCGGUCACAUGCCAACAAACUGCUAUAUGUCAAAAAAUACAAAUAACAUUCAGUCAGACUUUUACUUAAAUAACAAUUGUUACAUCCCCUUUUUGUUUUUUACAGAAAUAACAAAAAAAGUCCCCAUGUUAAAACAAUUAUCGCGUCUCACCCCUCGCUAUAACAGCUGGCUUUUCACUUUCACAUUCCGCUUAAUCAGCUGUAAACACUCACCGCCUACUGACAUAACUAUACUUCCCAAAAUGUCAAACCAUUCCUUUAAAUAAUACUUUCACUGAUUGCACUCAAAACAUGACGUAACGCAGUCAAACUUCAAUAACAGAAAAUAGUUUUAAGACUUUGUCUGUGAAUGUUUUUUUCUUGACUUAUGGAACAAAAGUUUCACAAACUAAUUUCAGCUUAAAGGUGCACAUACGAGCUUUCAGCCUCGUCUGUAUCUGCCAGUGGAGCUUGCUCAGGUGUCGCAGAUUAUCACAUGACCCAAGUACUUCAGUGUGUCAACUAAACCAUCUCCAACACAACUGAGGCAUCUCCAUUUGACAGUGAAAACUGAGAUGUGGUUGAAAGGUGAUCUCAAAAUGUUAAGUUUAUCUUGCCUUGGGAUUAUUUUUGUCAAAUCAAUUUAAAACUGGUGCAUUCAUUUAUAACAGAAAACCCAUGCGACCAAAUAGGCCGUUUGUUCCUACCCUUUAGUACGACCCACUGGAGCGUCUCCUAAAUUAGCACCUCUACCGGCGUGGUCAUGUUUAGGAACAUGAAUUUAGGUUAAAAUACAUUUGUUAAGCAAAAAUUGUUACUUAACUUCUGUACGUACGUAACGAAACAGUACACAAUGUGACAUUACAUAAUGGGGCUGGGCAAUUUGGAGAAAAUCUAAUAUCACAAUAUUUUUAUACCAAAUACCUCGAUACUGAUAUUGUAGGGUUGACUGUUCGUGCCUUCACAAAAUAUUUACACAAUAAGUUUUUUGAUAAAUAAUCACCAGUAAUGUGGAUUUAAUGAAUAAGUGGGUAACGGCAAAUAACACAACAGCUAGAAUCGUUCGGUACGUUCAGAAAAUUACAUCAUUUUACUUUAAAGGAGCCUUUAAAACCAGGAAAAUACAACUUUUACAAUAUAAUGAUAACUAAAAUCUGAGACAAUAUCUACUCUUGUGUCACGAUAUUAAUAUAAUGUUGAUAUAUUGCCCAGCCCUAGGCCAAAGCCCUGUUUUUUUGUGAUUUUUUAACCAAUUCAACCACUCGACCUCCUGCUUUUGCGUAAUUCUGGCUCUUUAUACUACAUCACUUGACUUCCUCCUUCGCUCACGGCGUAAUUACCACCUUCACUGGAAGCCACCGCAAAACAAUAUAUGUAAACGUGGGUCGUAAUAAGCUGCCAGUGCAAACAAGGUGUGGUGUCAUCUCCAAACACCUGUCUGGUUUUAAUGCCCAGUCAGAAAUAAGACACCAUCACACCGUAGUAUCCGUCAUUCGGGAUAUUUGGGUUUUGGACAUUUUUAAAAAGCACCUUCAGCUCUGGAAAAACUGUAUUUUUUCUUAAUAUUCUAACAUUUUAUAGACUGAUAAGAAUGAAUCAUUAGUUGGAACCCUACUAGUCUACAUCCAUCUGGACAACACACAGACGUGCCAGUCAUUGUGCAUCAUCAGCCAUCGCAGUCAAGACAAGGGGUUUAAAGUGCUGCCAAUUGUGCCAGUCUGAUAAUUGAAAACUUGCCACCAGCUUAGACAUUAUUUGGCAAAAUGUAUGGUCAGCUGUGUUUUAAUACUUUGUGAAUCUGUCCUUUCUUGUCAGUUGUAUUAGCUUUUUUUAUUUAUUUUUUUCAGCGUGGUAUGUGUUGUCAUUGUUUAUUUUUGUAUUUCAGCGAAACCCCCACUGCUCAGGUAUUCAGACCUGCUUCGACCUACCUUUCAAUAGCUGUCACGUGGCAGAAGCAGAUAGAUCUGCGCACAACACAAGGGUCUAUUUAACAGUCCAACUUGACGAAUGGAAAGCCUGAUAUGCGCCAUGAUUUAGCAGACAUUAAAACAUCUUAAUGAAUUAGAGCAGGCCUGAGGGGCUUCUGUGGGAAAGGGCAUAGGAGUAAUGGUACUAAUGACACCCACACAAGACUAAUCUAUCAGGAUUUAGGGAGGAGUAAAUCAGGACAGUCCCAUCAAGAUGACACUGGGAAGAUUCAAGGGUGUGUGUGUGUGUGUGUGUGUGUGUGUGUGUGUGUGUGUGUGGUUGUUACCUUACCCUACGGUGUCAUGGAUAACCAUUUUCAAGAAGACCAUUCUGCUGUUUGGAAAAAAAAGUGUUUAAACUCAUUCCUUGUACUUAAGCGCGGUUCAGGGCUUUCAGCAACUGAAGCACUGCUGACAUUCAAAUAGAGUAACGCAAGGUCAAUAUGGGUGGUAGGAAAAAAAAACAAGUUUAACCGAGGGAGGAGUUGAAACGUCUGUUUUUCUAUCAAAUUACCAUGGAUUGCCAGUGUAGAGGAACAAGUGCAAAGCAGCUCCAGAAUCCAAGGCCAGGUCAGUUACAAGUUCUUACUAAACGUGAAGACAAAAGGCUUUCCUCCCACGACGAGUGUUAAUAAUGUUCUGAAAGCGGUCUUUGAAUCCUGUUUUGUUGUUUAUGUGGCUUUACGUGUGGUUAACCUGUAUACAUUUCAUCACAGAAUGUCAUUGUUAAGCUAACGAAAUGUUUACACAGGAAAUGCAUCCUUCUGGCUGAUUUAUUGAUUACAUGAACUUGAAAAAAAAAAAAAAAAA